UAUAUAUAAGCGCAUAGUUGGUUUCGUAUUCGUUGAAUUAGCGGGAAUGGAACCUAAAUAUUUCACAUCCGAUAGUAUUAUUCGAUAGGAAAUUACUCAUUUUUUCACAAAUACACGAAAAAUGGAAGCAGCAAGUUCGUCGAAGAGCAAUGGUCAGCAAUUAUGCCAAUUGUGUAACGUAUCGCAACAACGUUAUACAUGUCCAAAAUGCGAAAUUCCUUACUGUUCCCUGGAAUGUUAUAAAUCGGAAUUGCAUUUGGAGUGUUCAGAAAGUUUUUAUAAAAGAUGUGUGGAAGAAGAACUCAGAGUACAGGAGCAAAAUCCGGAGACAAGACGCAAGAUGAUUGAUAUUUUAAAAAGAAUGCAAGCAGAGGAUUUGGAGUUUGAAAACGAUUCCAAUGAAGAUGACGAUAAUAAUGAGAAUUCUACUAACUUAACAGACUCUGAUGAUGAAGAUGAUGUUCCAGAUUUGGCAGAACGUUUGCAAAGUGUUAAUUUGGAUGAUGCCAAUCGGCUAUGGGCUGCAUUGACCAGUGCGGAGAAACAAGAAUUUGAGGCAACUUUACGUAAUGGGGAAGUUGCUAAUUUCCUACCCCAAUGGAACCCAUGGUGGACAGAAUCUUUGGAGAGGGAAGUUAUACAGGAAAUUGUAGAUGAUAAAAUCGAACCUGAAUAUGUGGCCAAAUGUCCUAAAAUUGUUGCUGUACCUGCUUUCAACGAACUAAUGAAAGCAUCACCAUUUGUUCGAUUCAACAUACUAAAUGUUCUAUAUGCUUACGUGUAUACGGUGCUCCAUUGUAAUGGCGACCAUCAAAAUUCAGCAAAAGACUCUGUCAAUAUUUUUCUCCAACUUUGCGAGAAUAUGCUUGUGAACAAAGUAUAUGAAAAUUCUAAAACUGCGAUCGAGGCAGUUUCCCAGAAGUUUAUGGACUGCCCAUCUUUAGGUGGGAACGAGGAAGCAAUGGUGGCGACCGAACAAGCAGUCCGUCACAUAAUCAACGGUCCCGAAAAGUCGAAUCGGAUAUUUUAUGUUCUAGCAGCUCUCUCAGAUUUGCACCUUUUGUUUACAAAUGCGAAGAAAGAAUUAUCGCGUCAGGAUCAAUCGAAGGAUCGUACUUUCAUGAAAAAAUUUCGUAUCAGUGAUACAACCCCGGAAGUGACCAAAAAGAUGGUUUUACAAUGCACAAAAAAAAUCGAAUAUUACUUAUCAUGGGUUAAAAAAUAUGGAAUAAGCGUGGAUGAGUGAAUUUUGGUUUCAAUAAAACUUAAACAUUGCGAUCAAAACGAAGCAAAUAUUUUUCUAAAAAUCCAAUAAAUUUUUUUACUUUUUUCUUCGACGAAUGGAUGCCCAUGAAUACUUAAAAUAAAAUUUGAAAGUUAAAACACACGUUAUGAAAAUAAUGACUCAUUUACAAUGAAUAUUUUAGGAUACAUCGCAGGUAAAUAAAGGGUUGUAAAACUCGGA